AUGGCUUCGAGCGAAUACCCACCCUACGUACCGAUGCCCUCGCUCCGCCACGAGCUAGGGCUGAUGUUCGGCUUCAUAUCUCUCUGUAUAGUGGUUAUGGGUGCAUAUGUUACUCUCUGGCGUAUAAACCAAGCCCGCCUACACGCCCAAGACCUCUCCCGCCGCAGAGCCUUAAACAAAAGCCCAACCCAAGCACCCCUAGGAACAACGACUUCCGUAACAGCAGGCCGAAGCCCAAGUCCCGACAAAGACACAUUAACCCCCAAAGCAACCGUGCAAGAAAAGAUGUUCGACCGCAUCGGCAUGCCUGAGAAUCGCGCCGAGCUACCAGUCCACGGGAUGGAGAUGUACGCACUUGGAAAGAAAACCCCGUUCAUUAAGUGUCCGUUCAGUCGAGCUACGCCAUUCAGUCCUAUUAGCCCUAUUAGUCUGCUUGGGAGUGGCGUGGGUGUGGGUAGGGCUGUUGGUUCUGUUAGUCCCAUUGGGAGUGGGAUAGCGCUUGAUUCUAUUGUUAGGGUGGCGAUGGAUGGGGGAAGGAGUUUGGGUCAGGAUGCUUUACGGGUUGAUGGGUUUCCGUCGGCGAGUCCGGCCAGGAGGUUUGGGGGUGGAAGUAGUCCGGCUGUUGAGAUUGGGCCUGCACCUAGUCGGGAGUAG